UAUUGUUUGUUUUUUUUUUUUUUAAUGUUUUUAUAUUUUUUAACUUUGUGGAUAAUUUGUUUUACCGUAUGUCUUUGGAUCGUCUUUUUAUCCGCACGGGAUCAAGUACGUUGUAAAACGCAGAACUUGACUCGUUUUCAAUCAGAAGCGACUGUGUUGUUUAACCAAAAUUUGACGCCGAAUCACUGAAGAAACAAACACAGAGGCUUUUUAGCAACUCUGAUGAGGAUGGCAUGCUGGCAUUGACCUUUGCUGUGAAGGCCUGGCCUCCAGUUGGUCAGGCCUGGACUUGAGACAGCCUAAGAGAAGAGCCUCAUCCCUUCCUGUCUUGCUGCUGCUACCACCAUGUCUUUUCCACAAUCGUCACAUCUCAAAUCGGACGCCGAAACAAGACCAGAGGUUUUUCCAAAACCAUCAAAGGAAAACGUCCUGCCUGGAGGAGACAAAGGAUUAAACAUUCCUGGUGGAAAGGUCAGGAGUAUUGUAGACCGUUUUAGCCAACAUGAGCCUGUGCCAAACACAACAGGGGACCAUCCCACCAAUGGCACCGCAUCAUUAAAGCCACUCAAACUGUUCAAGAGAGGUCCUACCCCUAAGCCCAAACCAGGGUCGUUAAUUGUGCUGAACCAUGUAGUUGCAGAGCGGGUUCCUCCACUGCCUACAAAGAGGACCCAUAAACUGCAAAAACAAACAGAAUGCUUGGGAGAAGACGAAGGGAACAAAUUUGGUGUCGAAGGAGGUCGACCAGCCCCAGAUGGAAAAGAGGUAGAGAUACAGGUGGGCAGAGGAGGGGACGCCGAGGCAGACUCGCCUUUGACUCCGAGCUGUGACCCAAACUGCAGCUGUGUGUGCCACCACCAGCGGCCUGGAAUGAAACUAAUAUGGGUGCCGGUGGAUCUGGUAGAUGGUUGGAGUGAAUUGGAAGAGGAGGACGCGGCCGAGGGGGACCAGGACUGGAGUGAGGGACAGGAAGGGGAGAGCGAGGCAGGGGACGAGGUGGACAGGACUUCUGAGGUUGAGAAAAACGAGGUGGCAACUCAAAAAAAGAAAACCUUCCACCACACUUUGGAUGUUCUUAUUGCAGAUGGUCACAGGAGGAGGUCGGAUCCGGGGCUGCACAGCGUCGUCCCCUCAUUCAUCUCGCCAGCACUUUGUCCUUGGUUGGCCCCCACCCCCCGCAAAUUUAGUCACCCCCCACCAGUAACACCCCAAGGCGGAGAAGAAAGUAUUUAUGAAGCCACGAUUUCUGUGGCUCCCAAAAAGCCUUCGCCAUUAUGUAAGGAGCUGGACACCCCGCUGAUCAGUGUGCGCAAACCGGCUCGGCGGUCAAGAUUGACCGCUAGCAUCUCCGACCCUACAUCCCAGAAUCCAGUGGAUGACGUUUUGAUCUCGAGCCCCGACAGCACCCCACCCGCCAUCCCGCCUCGGGUGCCUUUGAAUACAGAAAGCUGCACCCCCACAGCAAUGCGCCGGAGUUGGAUUCCUCUUCCACCCCUCCCGCCGGAGGAGCGGCACUUAAUCAGGACCCCCUCUCCCAACCAACUUUCCAUUACGCCACGCUCCUCCAGCCCCCUCCUGCCUGUCAGACCUCCCCCUCCACCUCCUAAAGCGGAGCCCAGGAGGACGAGUGAUGCCUCGUUGCAGUUGCUGAAGCAGACGUUAGAUGGAGUGCAGAAAGGAAAGAAAGAGAAAGAGGACUUGGAGGAAGAACAGCGCCCAGUUGCACCAGUACGGAGAGAGUCUUCAUUCAGGAGCGAGUCUUUACUCAGCUGGGAGUCCCGGCUGCAGGAUGAGCCUCUUUACCAGACGUACCGCGACAGUGUCAUCAUCAGAGAGAUUCGACGGCAAACCGUCUGCCGCAACAUCAGCAAGACGAGCGCCGACUACAACACGGAAAUAAUCGCUUUUAAAUCUGACAAUGCAUCGGGAGGCGGCACACCCAGAAGCAGCCCUGUGCCCACCGCGGGCCAGAGCACCCUGUGGCAGGACCUCCCAGACGUGCGGCAGAGCGGAAUCCUGGAGAAACUCACCGCUGACCAAAUCAAGUACCAGGAGAGUAUGUUUGAGGUUCUGACAUCAGAGACCUCCUACCUACGAUCGCUUCGCGUGCUGACAGAACAUUUCCUGGAAAGCCGGGAGCUGGUGGAGACGCUGAUCAUCAGAGACAAACAGAUCCUUUUCUCCAACAUCCUGAGGGUCCGCGAGGUCAGCGAAAGGUUCUUGAAGGACCUGGAAGAUCGCAUAUUCUCGGAUGUAGUCUUCACCGACAUCUGUGACAUUAUCCACUACCACGCUCAGCACAACUUCCCCGCCUACAUUGACUAUGUCCGCAACCAGAUCUUCCAGGAGAAGGCCUACAAUUCACUCAUGAAGAACAACGUGCAGUUUGCUAUGGUACUCAAUCGCCUGCAGGAAUCACCUCUUUGCCAGCGGCUGCCGUUCUCCUCCUUCCUGCUGCUGCCCUUCCAGCGAAUAACGCGUAUCAAGAUGCUCAUUGAGAAUGUCUUGAGGAGGACGAAAGAAGGGACAAAAGAGGAGCAGGAUACCUCCAAGGCUUUGGCUUCAGUGUCUAAGAUCAUCGAUGAAUGUAACUCGGAGGUGGGAAAGAUGAGACAGACGGAGGAGUUGAUCCAUCUCUCUAAAACACUCGAAUUUGACAAACUCAGGGCCAUCCCAAUCGUCUCUGCAAACCGAUAUCUGGAGAAGAAGGGGGAGCUGCAGGAAAUGUCCAAAAGCGGCACGAUCUUCAACAUGAGGGCAAGGUUCAACCCCAUGCACCUUUUCCUCUUUAACGAUCUGCUCAUCAUUGCUGUCAAGAAAAGUGGAGAGCGUUUUGUGGUGACAGACCACGCCCAUCGCUCUUUGGUGCAGGUGCAGCCAGUGAAUGAAAGUGGGAGCAGCGGCGGCCCCUUUGAGCACUGCUUUAACCUGACCCUGCUGGAAAACCAUCAGGGGCGCAUCAUGGAGAGGCUGGUGAAAGCUCCGUCUCAGUCGGACAUGGACAGGUGGCUGGCAGUUUUCCCUGACCCCACCAAGGUCGACAGAGAGGAAACAGAAGUGAUUUACGAUGAGUGGGACUGUCCCCAGGUGCAGUGCGUGGAUCAGUACGUGGCCCAGCAGGCCGACGAGCUCUCACUGGAACCCACCGACAUCAUCAACGUCAUCCGUAAAACUACCGAGGGCUGGUACGAGGGGUUUCGCCUCUCCGACGGCCAGAAGGGCUGGUUCCCAGUUGCCAAUGUUUUGGAGAUCACCAAUGAGCACGUGAGGCGACGCAACCUUCGAGAGCGCUACAGAGUCAUGCAGGCCGCCAGCAUGAUAUCCAUCACCAGGAACCGCACCAUGCCUUAGGACGCGCAGGUCCAGGAUGUUUACAUUUUAAGGAGACGCUCCAAAAAAAAAAAAAAAAAAUUAGGAAAUGUUCUAUACAACUUGGCAAAAACGCUAACAUUUGUUUUUAGUACAAGUGGAGUUACUUGUUUACUACUGAUGUUGAUGUGCAGGUUUGCCAAGAGACCAGAGCUCCUACUGCAGAUGAUUUUUUUCUUUCCUUUUAUCAGCAUGUUUUCCACAAGUAUCGCCACGUUGAGUGACAUUCAUUCCGUUCUACUGCUCAGCCACAUUAUCCUGCAGAGACAACAGAAGGGGAUCCUUGGUUUUUUUUUUAAAACUUGCAUGAAAAAUUUGAGUGUUAAAAUUUUUUAAAAGGACUUUCAAAACUCUAGCCUGUUGAAAGACACGACAUUGGAUGAACUCAUUUGGUUCAGUUUGUGACCGAAGUGCACAGAAUCUUCCCAUGUCAGUACAAAUGUAGGCGCAGUCGGAACUACUCCCAACUGUAUGGAAAUGUGCAAUGACAGCGCCCCCUGCAGUUUGUCAUGAAUGGCAGAAAUUUAUGAGGAUGUAUUGUAAUGUACAGACGGAUGACAAAUUAAAGGAAAAACUUGAAUAAAUAAGUGGAUAAACAACGACUGCCCCCAUCAAUGCUAUUGUUGUUUUUUCCGAUUAAUCUGUCACCCAUCGGUAUGUUGUAAAUAGUGACCGGAAUUAUCUCCUUCAAAAGAGUUGUGGUUUUAAUAAAAAUUUGUUUCUAAAUACCA